UAUGUUUUCUCUCUCUACAUUUCUCUUCAUAUUCCCUUUUUUGUACAGAAUUAACGAUUCAGAAAAUAUUUCUCCGAUUCAAGUUGGCGUUUUUUCCUCUUUGAAGUUUUUUCAAUUUCAAUUUUAGAUAUGGGAAUUGCAUCGGAUGAUAAUAUCUGGGGAUUCGGAUUUUUGGAGGUUCGGAGCAGAAGGGUUUUUCGUUUCUGAUGAUGUGGACGAUGUCGGAGAUUUCACAUGAUUAUUGAAAACAAACCUUGAUUUUUCAAACCGCCGUUCAUAUAUUUUGAUCGAUUUUUCCUUUUCUGCAAAAUUUUCUUGUUCGUGCAUUUUGUUUACAUAAAACUUUGUUUUCCCUUUGUUCUCUCUCCCCCCUCUCUCUCUCUCACACACCUAUAUAGAUUAGAAAUUUUGCUCAGAUUUAGGAAAAAUAUAUAUUGGGGCUCCCGUAACUGUUGGCAGAAUUAUCCGAGAAAGUCGAAAAAACUGCUGUAGUAAAACGAAGUUCUCUUGGCUGAGAUUCUCUGGUAGUCCUGGAAUGGGUGAAAGUUGGAAAUAUUGAAAUUCAAAGCUUCUUUUAAAUUUUCUUUAUUCUUUUCAAUCCUUGAGCCCGGUUAGACGUUUGGAAAAAGAAUGGAAAGAGACGAGGUUCAUGUGCUGGGAAGGGCAAAUGAGAUCGAAGGUCACGGUCUAGAUAUUGGAGAUCAAGUAAGCAUGGAUGAGCCUCAGUGUUCUGAAAUGGAAAUGUUGGAAAUGGAAACUGUGGACAGCGGGAAGGGAAAGCAUAAAACUGAAGUUGUAGAUUUUAGUUCGAAGAAAGGUGAGGAAGGAAGCCAUGGAAAUGUGGUUUUCUCGAGGGAAUCCCCCCUUGUUACCAAGGACGAUUUUAGCAUGAGCUCUUGCAGCUGUGGUGCAGAGAAACUGAAAUCCAGAUUGGCUGCUUCCGAAUCUGAGCCUGGGAAACAUGGUAGAAAGCUCAGCCGACAGGAUAGGAUCGAGUUAGGUAGGUUGUUUCAGGGUGCUGUGAGUACCCACGAUUGGGAACUUGCUGAGAGCUUGAUCUUGUUGGCCGAUCCUCAGACUCUAAAUGACGCCUUAUGCAUUUCGUUGGACUCGAUCUGGUUCUUGAGCUCACAGCAGGAGUUGCAAGGGAUUACUGGAUUGAUCAAGAAGAUUAUAGCCAAUGGGGCAUAUGACUUCACCCGAGCUGCACUCAGAACUUCAUUUCUUGCUUCGUGUGUUUCUGCUUGUCAGAGUCGAACGAUGAGCCUUGCCGACACUGUCACCGUGAUGGCACAAAGGUUACACGAGAGGCUCAAGGAAUGCAAUGGAGACGAAGUCUUGAAAGCAGAGGCCGGUUCCAAGGUUCAGAAGUUCACUGAGUGGGCCCUUAAGUGUAUAAGCUUCCAUUCCCGCUGCCAGGGAAAUAGCGACAGAGUCGGCCACAAUUCCCCAGUCGAGAUCGAACUCCAACUAUUAGCCUUCAAGACUUUCCUAGAUCUCGCCGGCGAUCAUCUAACUGGGAAGGAUUUCACCGAGGCAUUCGAUGCCGCUUGUUUCCCUCUCACUCUAUUCUCCAGCUCAUUCGAUCCUGGUUGGGCCUCAGGCAUAUCCGCUACUGCUAUCCAGGGACUGUUGGGCAUGCUCGUCGAAGGUGGCGCAGACAAUGUCAACCAAUGUUUUCUCGAGGCUUCACGUUUCGGGAGUACAGAACUCGUUCACGUGGACGUUGACCUAGCCCUCGGCUUCGCAUCCCACUACGGAAAACUCGGCACAAUGGAGUGCCUCGUGGAGGAAGGCAACGCAGCAGCCUUCCUCGGCCCGUUAAUGCGCGCGGCCGAGCGCGGCUGCCUCCCCGUCGUGCGCUGGUUCGUGGGCCGCGGCUGCCGGGACAUGGAGCUCUGCCUGGCCCUCACGGCCGCCACCUCGAGCAGCCAGGUGGCGGCGGCCGCCUUCCUCCUCCCUCACGUCCCCCGCCACGUCCUCGCCGCCCUCAGCGUCGAGAUCCUCAAGGCCGCCGGAGAGCGCUCGAGCGGCGGCUCCCUCGAUGGCGUCGCUUUUCUCCUCCGCUCCGACUUCCUGGCGGACCCUGCCGCCACCUACGCGGUGGCCGAUGGCAUCGCCGGCGAUGACGGGGCGGAGGUGGCGCCGGAACUCCGUGCGUUCCUCCGGGAGAAUUGGUCGGAGGCUGCUUUUGCGGAGGGGGUUAGGGCUGGGGCCCGACACUUUGUUAAUGUGGUGCGGGUGCUGAGGAAGGGGGAGUCGCCGAUAAGGCUGGGGGAUUUGCCGGGGCAGUUACAGGUGGCGGUGGCGUAUUUGCCGCUGAAAAGUAUGAGCCAAGACCGUCAGCUUCGUAAAGAAACUGUCGCUACUCGGAUUAAUCACGCGUUUGACGAGUUCGAACAACGACAAAAGGAAUGA